AUGUCCGAGCAAGUCCCCGCGUCCAAGGAGUCAGGCAUGGUUGCUGAACAGCCUUCGACUGGAGAGUCCGAAAAUGGGUCCUCCGCCUGCUAUAUCGACCCUGUCAAGGAGAGGCGUAUGAUGAGAAAGUUUGAUAUGUUUGCCGUGACUGCGAUGGGUGUCCUGUAUAUGAUGUCGAACCUGGACCGGAGCAACUUGGGAAAUGCCAACAUCUCGGGCAUGCCAGAGGACCUCGGCCUCGUCGGCAACCAGUUCGGCACUGCCACCACCUUGCUCUUUGCCACCUAUGUUCCCCUGGAAGGACCUGUUGCUGUCCUGCUCAAGGUUGUCGGCCCGAAACCCCUGAUGUCUGUGAGUGCCUUUUGCUGGGCCUGUGUCACGCUUGGAAUGGCUUUCGUCAAGGACUACCGAGGCCUGUAUGCCUGCCGCCUGUUGAUUGGUCUCUUCGAAGCCGGACUUAUCCCCUGCAUCAACGUCUACCUUGGAUGGAUCUACAAGAAGUCGGAGAGAGGCAAGCGGUCCUCCAUGAUCUUUGCCUUCAGUGCCUUCUCCAGCGCGUUCGGUGGAAUCCUCGCUUUCGGUCUGACUCAGAUCCGCACUGCUCACUUCGCGGGCUGGCAGUGGCUGUUUGCCAUUGAGGGCGCCAUGACCAUCAUCGCCGUGCCGCUGUUCUGGCUGCUCUUCCCCAAGUCGCCGACCGAGGCCUGGUUCCUCAACGCGGAAGAGCGGCAGAUGAUGCGGACCCGGUACGACCUGGAUCCCACCUGGGGCCACGACGACAAGUUCUCCUGGAGCGAGUGCCUCAAGGCCUUUGUGGACCCCAAGUGGUAUGCCUUCUUCGCGUACCAGUUCUCCGUCAACGUCUCCCUCUACGGCUUGACGACCUUUAUGCCUGCCAUUGUUCGUGGACUGGGGUACACCUCUGUCCAUGCCAACCUGAUGACGGUGCCUAUCUACAUCUGCGCCCUGUUCUUCUUCCUCAUCAUCGCCUACUUCUCGGAUAGGACGGGCUACCGUGGUCCUUACAUCUGCAUCUGCCUUAUCUGCCUGGUCAUCGGUUACGCACUCCUGAUUAGCGUCGAAAACCUGAAGGUCAGGUUCUUUGCUUGUUUCAUUGCCGCCCUCGGUAUCUACCCUACCACCGGACUGUCCAUCAUGUGGGUGCAGGACAACGUCUCGCGGCAUUACAAGCGAGCGACCAUGGUCGGCUUCACGCUGUGCCUCGGCAACACGGCAGGUGUCGCUGUCGGUCAGAUCUUCACGGCGCAACAGUCGCCUAGAUACAUCACUGGACUGUCCAUCUCGCUUGGCUUGGCCUGCUUCGCUCUCUUCAUCGUCCUUGGACUCAUGGGUAGUUUCUACUGGGUCAACCGCAAGCGAGCCGCCAAGCUUUUGGCAGCAGAGCAGGCGGGAACACCGAUUCCCCCGAAUCCCGAUCUGGGCGACUAUGAUGUUCAUUUCCGGUAUUCCAUGUAA